GGGGGGAAGGGAGAGGGAGAGGGACAAACUGACUCCGGCACUGGCAGUGAGGCGUGCAAGAGAAAAAAGGCGUUUUAGGAACUAUUGAAUGGAGAUUUCACGUUCUUCGCCCUUCUCCGUUAAGCCCCAUGUCUCCAUCUCGUAUCCUCCCUUUCGUUGCCCUGUUUCCCUUUACUGUCGCCCGAAACCCAAGAGUCCGGGCAUUCUUUUCCCGAAUUUCCCUUCUUCCCCAUCCCAUUUCACCCUGGCAGCGGAAUGUAGCGCUGGCGCGUCUUCCUCGGCCCUCUUUGGAGCUUCGGUUUCGCAGUGGCCUUGCACCGUGAUCCCCCCUGCAAAAAAGAGAUCGCUGAGUAUUGUCUGCGGGGUGUUUGACAAAUUUACUGAGAGGGCAAUCAAAGCAGUGGUGUUCUCUCAGAGGGAAGCAAAGGCUUUGGGUAAAGGCUUGGUUUUCACGGAGCAUCUUUUGUUGGGACUGAUUGCGGAGGAUCGUGGGCCGGGAGGGUUUCUUGGUUCCGGCAUCACGAUUGACAAGGCUCGCGAAGCUGUUCUGAGCAUUUGGGGUAAUGGUAAGGAUGGUGAGAAUGUAAAGCAUGGGUAUGCAGAUUCUGGUUCGGCUACCUCAGCGACAGAUGUGGCAUUUUCAACUCUUUCCAAGCGUGUGUUUGAGGCUGCAGUGGAGUAUUCGAGGACCAUGGGCUACAAUUUUAUAGCUCCAGAGCAUAUUGCCAUUGGCUUGUUCUUAGUUGAUGAUGGUAAUGCUGGUCGUGUUCUCAAAAGAUUAGGGGCAAAUGCAAAUCAUUUGGCAGCUGUUGCCGUCUCCAGACUUCAAGGGGAGCUUGCAAAGGACGGCAGGGAGCCUUCUGCUUCACUCAAUAGAUUGCGUGACAAACCAUUUUAUAGGAAAGUAAUUGUUGACAGAUCUGAGAAAUGUGCACUGGAAAAAUUCUGUGUGAAUCUGUCUCUCCGUGCUAGCCAAGGACUCAUUGACCCUGUAAUUGGCCGAGGCACUGAGAUUCAUAGAGUUGUUCAAAUACUCUGCCGGAGAACCAAAAACAAUCCAAUUCUUCUUGGCCAAGCUGGGGUUGGAAAAACAGCAAUUGCUGAAGGACUAGCAAUAAAUAUUGCAGAAGGGAAUGUUCCUUCUUUCUUGAUGAAAAAGUGCGUAAUGUCUUUGGACAUUGGCCUAUUGAUCGCAGGCACAAAGGAGAGAGGUGAGUUGGAGGCUCGCGUGACUACAUUAAUCAAAGAGGUUAAGAAGUCAGGAAAUAUCAUUCUUUUUAUUGAUGAGGUCCAUACCCUUGUUGGUUCCGGCGUGGUCGGGCAAGGAGGCAAAGGUGGACUUGACAUAUCUAAUCUGUUAAAGCCACCACUUGGGCGCGGUGAAUUACAGUGCAUUGCAUCUACAACUAUAGAUGAAUAUCGAUUAGUCUUUGAAAAGGACAAAGCCCUUGCUCGUAGGUUCCAACCUGUAAUGAUUCAGGAACCCAGCCAGGAGGAUGCUGUCCAGAUAUUGCUAGGGCUGCGCGAGAAGUAUGAGGCUCAUCACAAGUGUAAAUAUACAUAUGAAGCCAUAACAGCAGCUGUGCAACUGUCAGUUAGAUACAUUCCUGAUAGGUAUCUUCCGGACAAAGCUAUUGAUCUUGUUGAUGAGGCUGGGAGCAAAGCCAGAAUGGAAGCUCAUAAAAGAAAAAAGGAACAGCGGACUUCCAUACUCUCAAAGUCACCAAGUGAUUACUGGCAAGAAAUUAGAUCUGUUCAGGCAAUGCAUGAAAUGAUGCUGACGAAUAAACUCAGCAGACAUGAAAGUGCAUCUCAGUUGGAAGGGGAUAAUGAAUUCAAAAUGGAACACUCUAUGACCUCUGCAACUAAAGAUGAUGAACCUGUAGUUGGACCUGAGGAAAUAGCUGCUGUAGCUUCACUGUGGUCUGGGAUUCCCCUUCAGCAGCUCAGCGUUGACGAAAGAAUGUUUCUAAUGAGUCUUGAUGAACAACUCAAGAAGAGGGUUGUUGGUCAGGAUGAAGCUAUUAGUGCCAUUCAUCGGGCUGUUAAGCGAUCCCGAGUUGGGCUUAAGGACCCAAAGAGGCCCAUUGCUGCGAUGCUCUUCUGUGGCCCUACUGGAGUCGGCAAAAGUGAACUUGCAAAAGCAUUGGCGGCAACUUAUUUUGGUUCAGAGUCUGCAAUGCUAAGAUUGGACAUGAGCGAAUACAUGGAACGGCAUGCCAUAAGCAAGUUAAUCGGGUCACCCCCUGGUUAUGUGGGAUAUGGAGAAGGAAGCGUUUUGACUGAAGCCAUCAGAAGAAAACCUUUCACAGUUGUGCUACUCGAUGAGAUAGAAAAGGCACAUCCUGAUAUAUUCAAUCUUCUCCUUCAGCUAUUCGAAGACGGACACCUCACUGAUUCUCAGGGACAUCGGGUGUCGUUUAAGAAUUCAUUGAUAGUGAUGACUUCCAAUAUUGGUUCUGCUGCUAUUGUGAAGGGGAGACAGAACACCAUUGGUUUCUUGAUUCCAGAUGAUGGUGAGUCGGCAACAGCCUCGUAUUCUGGAAUGAAAGCUAUGGUGAUUGAAGAGCUGAAGGCCUACUUCCGACCCGAGUUGUUGAACCGAUUAGACGAAGUAGUCGUAUUCCGUGCUCUUGAAAAGCCUCAGAUGCUUGAGGUACUGCAAAUUAUGCUAGAAGAGUUGAAAACCAGGCUUUUUGUUUCCAUGGGAAUUGAGCUGGAAGUGUCAGAAUCAGUUAAGGAACUGAUCUGCAGACAAGGAUUUGACAAACAGUACGGAGCUCGCCCGCUCAGGAGGGCACUCACUAGCAUUAUUGAAGAUCGGCUGAGUGAAUCUCUGCUCUCUUUUGGGGAUUGCAAGCCCGGAGACGUUGCUGUAGUCCACUUGGAUGGUUCGGGUAAUCCAGUAGUCACCUAUCGGUCAAACCGUACGGUCAAUAUGUCGGAAACACCUAAUGGCUAAUUCAGUGGUUUAGGAUUGCAAGUGUAUAUAUAUAAACUAGGUCUGUGUAUGUAUGUAAUCAGGUAGAUAUGAUUCUUUUAUGUACAGAUAAAACUGGCAAGUAUAUAAAACUGUCAUUAUGGCCGAGGUGGUUCGCGUUUUGGAACAAUCCAUGG